AGAGUCGCAAGAAGGCUGCGACCAAGAAUUUAAGCACAUGGUGCAGGGCGGCGUGGAUAUGAGCUGGACGUGAGAACCGGAAAACAGUGGGAAGUGGGAAAGAAGACACCACAAACGAACAGUCGACAAUAUGGAUAUGCGGAGAAAAAAGGUCAGAUCCCAGGCUCGGGCCUGGGUCUCAGAAAGCUUCAGCCAGUAAGACGCAACGCUUUUGGCGUUUUGGGUCAUGGAGGGUUGUAGGGGCUUCUCUUUUAGGAUUGCUCUUCGCGGAUAUCUUGGCUCGCUUGCGUGCCACAGUAGAUAUAUGGCUUGGAAUGGUUGCUUAAAGAGAAGACACGCACUCCUAGGGAUGGGAAUAAGAUCGCGUCCUGGUUGUUCGUGCAGAGAUACCCAGUCACCACCACCGCCAGUCUCAGUGAAAACGUUGAGGGGGCUUGCUCCCGACUACGCGCAUUGGCCCCUUUCUUACGCCCGCUAUCGCCUUGACCUUCGCUCCGUCUGCGCAAACAAAUCAGCCCAUCAACGACAGACAUAAACUCCUUGCUUUCGCCCUUGUCCGGAGCGACUUUCCGUCUCCCCCCACCUUGCGCGGCUGUCUUUAGCCUAUCACUCGGCGCAUAUCAUCGACAAUCAUCUUAGACACCGUAACACCAUCCUCACAAUGCCUCUCCACAACGGCUGGCUCCCACGCGAGGGUCUCUACGCCGACCCUGUCGCCAGGGCCUUUGCAAAGGCCGCCCUCAACCCCUUGUUUGUCCUCCCCAUAGUGCUGGCGGCGCGCUUCACCAAGGGUGGCGGCGCCAUGGCGGCCCUCCACCCGGUGGCCCUCGGCCGCAUCAAGGCGCUGCUGUACGCCGGGCUGGCCUACCGGAUCAACCGCUACCUGAGCCGGCGCGCCAUCAACAACUGGACCUCGGACAAGUACGUCUGGUCCAAGGAGGUUGUCGUCGUCACGGGCGGCGCCGGCGGCAUCGGCGGCAACGUCGUCAGGCUGCUGGCCGAGCGGGGCAUCUCGGUGGUGGUGCUCGACAUCAUCCCCCUCAGCUUCGACGCCCCGCCAAACGUUCACUACUUCAAGUGCGACAUCACCUCGGCGGCCAGGCUCGCCGAGGUCGGCGACGAGAUCCGCGCCCGCGUCGGGCACCCGACCAUCGUCAUCAACAACGCUGGCGUGGCCCGCGGCAAGAGCAUCCUGGACUCGACGGAGCGCGACAUACGCUUCACCUACGACGUCAACGCCAUCGCGCCCUUCCUCGUCGUCAAGGAGUUCCUGCCCGAGAUGAUCAAGCGCAACCACGGCAUGGUCGUCAAUGUCAGCUCCUUCGCCGCCUUCCUGUCGGCCCCGAACAUGGUCGACUACUCCAGCACAAAGGCCGCCGUCAUGUCCUUCCACGAGGGCCUGACGGCCGAGCUCAAGACGCGCUAUAACGCGCCCCGCGUCCGCACCGUCCUGGUCAACCAGAGCUACACAAAGACCCCGCUGUUCGACGGCUACCGCGCAGACAAGUCGUUCCUGGUCCCCGCCCUCGAGCCCGAGUCCGUGGCCGAUGCCAUCGUCCGCCAGGUGCUGACCGGCGAGAGCGGCCAGGUUAUUCUGGCCGAGGUCGCCGGCAACAUCCUCUCGGCCCUCCGAGCAUUCCCUCAUUGGUACCAGCAUGGCCUCCGGACCAAGACCAAGGACUUGAUGACCAACUUUAGCGGCAGGCAGGUCGUCAAGGAUCUUGAUAAGUUCUACAAAGACAAGAAACAAUCCAGCGCUGAUGAGAGCACCGUUCUUGUGGGCCGGGAGACGAGCGGUGCGGACGCGUCUUGAAGCCUCAGUCCCAGGGUGGAAGGAAUCGUCAUCGGACCGCAGAGUAUUAUUUGGGUAGUAUUGUGUAUGGAGAAGAUAGCCGUGAAGUAAGGAUACUUGACUGGCACGGGUAGUGAGGAUAUGUAGGUUGUAUAAAGAUACCGUAAGUGCGACUAAUACAUCUGUGUUAAUGA